AUGGAAUCGCAUUUAACCGUCGAUGAGAUAUUCAGGAUUUUGCAAAAAACGUACUCGAAUCCGGGAAGAGUUGGCGGUGGCCUAAUGACCGACGAUGAAGCCGAAAAGGCGUUGGAAACUCUUGGAAAAGUCAACGCAUCGAUAUUGUAUCUGGACAAGCAUAAAAUGCUGAAGGUUUCCGAAUUGCAACUAAUGAUCAAAACGAUUUUUGAUGCGAUGUGCGAAUAUAAAGACUUUGAAAUGAAUCAAUUCCUCGGAACCACGCUCAACAUCAUUCUUCAUGUGCUCAAAAAGCAUGGAAAACAGAAAUAUGAUGGCACAAUCAAAUUGAUUCAUAGCUUCUGUAAAUUGCUUUUCCCGCACGCCGGCAUCCCCAGCUGCUCAUAUGAGCUUGACAUUUCGCCUAUUAUCAGCGACAAGACUCGAGAAGCCGUUAGCAACGAUCACGAUUUGUUCUUCACCAAAUCUAUCGCCUACAAUAUUCUACUUGCAAUUUUUGGCGAAUGCGAAAUUCCCGAGCUUCAACCGGACGAGGUGCACGGCUUCUGGAAGAUUGUCUGCGUGCUGCUCAUCGAUGAACACGAAAAUUGCAAUGAGCUGUUUGAGAUUGCUGUGAGAAUUGCGCAAAUCAAAUUGCGAAUCUAUCCGCUGACGCGAGCCGUUGAUUUUUUCGCGGAGCUCACCGAGAGCAUCGUCAGAUCGCACGAAUCGAUUGAGGAGACCCACGCGAUUUAUGGGAUAUUCCACGAUUUUUUUGAGCAGUACUCACAAAUGCUCACUCACACCAAAGAGUAUCGCGCCAAUUUUCUGAAAUGGAUCUCGCGCAUCAUGGAAUCGUACGGCAACGACGAGCUGCCGACGAAACUGCUCAAAUGCUUCACCGAUUAUUGCGUCAUCGUCGCCGAGGCGUUCGACAAUUGGCAUGACGUCGAGAAGCGCUACACGAUGACGAUUAUGAUGAUCUCGAUGGCGAGAAUCAAAAAAAUCCUGGAAAAUUUCAUCAAAUGUGACGAACGAGUCGACAUUUUGCGAUUUUAUUUGGACAUCUUUGCCACUAUGAUGCAAUUGAAUCGCCUCUUCAAGCUUGAUUUCUUCUAUUGGAUUGAAGCUGAGGUGAACGUCAUCAAUUCAUGGGAGAAUCCGAAAUGGCCGAUAAUUGUCGGCCAAUUCCUCACGGUUCAGCACCAAACGUGUCGCCAAUUUUUCGCCAAAUUUGCGCCAACACCCGAAAUUUUGUGGAAUAAUCUUCAAAAUGGCAAUUCUUUUGCGAAUGUGAUCGAGUUGACUGUUUUGGUGGCGACUUGCCCGUUCGCCAAUGUCGACGAAGGCGGAAAAUAUCUGAUUCCGAUUCUUGUCAUCCCUUGCUUGAAGGAUUUGCAAUCAAAAUUUGGUGCCAAAUGGGACAAUUUCCGAAUUCAUUGCUAUGGUUCGGCGCGUGGAUCGUCGCACGGCUCCACAAGACCGCUGCUCGAGCUCGAGAAAUUCGAGCCAGUCAUUGAGGAGAUUGAACGAAUUAAGAUUGUUGCCAUCAUCGCCGCGAUGCAGGUUCAGAAGAAGCCGAAUCAGCUCGUGCAGCUCGUCGCCGACAUGGUUGUUGCGGUCAUGGAGACGUCGAAAAGCAAGAAUAUUGAAAGUGUUUUUGCGACGAUUCGCCAAUUCGUCAUGGAUAAUCGCUCGCAUGGAUCGGAUAUCGCCAACGCGCUUAUAAGGAAUUUGGCGAGAAACGAUUUCAAGGACGCGACAAUCGCUGAAAUGUGCGACACCGCUGCCGUGUGCAUUUCCAACUAUGUGAAUCGCGGCGAUUGCUCAAUAAGCCUCGGCACUGAGCUCGAGUCGUCGGACUUUUCCGAUCGACCGCGUCGCGCGAAAUUGGACGAGACGGCGUUGAAGGGUCUUGUCAAGAAAUUCUCGGCGAACAUUCGCACAAGCGCACUAACAGAAUUCAUCAAAUUCUGUAAAAGUGUGUUAUUGCAUUGCGAACUGUCGAAUUGCGCUCAACUGUUUUCGCCGAUUUUGAAAUGUUUGAACGCGAUUCGAUUCAUGGACAAUUUCGACGAGUUCUUACGAUUUUGGGAGAUUUAUGAGCAAACGACGGGGAAACGAGAGCGAAUUUCGUUUUACGUUGCGAUUUUCAAUCCAAUUUUCGCCAAUUUAAUGAAUGAUCCGGAAGCGGUGACGCUUAUCAAUAAGAUAUCGAACUCGAAACUCCCGGAGAAUGUGCACGUCGCCAUGUAUUCAGCGCUGCUCGCCAAUGCCGCUGUCAUCAAUAAAAAGGAGGCUUGGGCUUUUUUGCAGAAUCAGACGAUUCGGAGUUGUCGACGAUCGGUGAGACUCGCGGAAGACGACGUGGAAGAUGAUAAAACGCUUCGCGAGAUCUUCACGCAGCGUUUCGGCGCGAUCAUCGCGAGAAGCUUCAUCGCGCGACUCUUUGAGAACUCCGAAGUGGACGAGGCGAAAAUGCGCGAGAUUCUUCGCAAUUUUCUCACGUGCUCGUCGCUGUUGUUUCAAUUUGAGUGCAUUUCCAACUUUUUGAAAUAUGCGCAUCGAAACAUCAUUUUUUGGGCGAUGUUCUACGGCGCGACGAAACCAAAGCAUUGUUGCGUCGUUUUGGAUUUUUUGUGUCAGGAGCUCAUCACGAAAGCGGAAAGCAUGAAGCCGAAAUGGAUACCAAUCGAAUUGGCAGCCAUCAAAGCGGAAAGGAAAAAAAUCAUCUCGGAGGUUUGGCGGAAUUCUUCUUGCCAUCCGAUGGUUCUUUUCUUUGAACAGAAUCUCUCUGGAAUCAUCCAAUUGUGGCGAUUGCAAUGCGGCGAGAAUUUGGAGUUUUGGAGGUUUUGCCACGAAUUUUGCGAUUUCGACGCCGAGGAGAUUGCCCAGUCAACGAUUGUGUAUCGAAAAGACGUGACGCAGAAGCUUCUUAUUGUGGCGGCUCAAGAUUUUCUGGAUCCGCCGAAAAAUCACGCAUUUUACGAAACUAUCCGCAAAACGUACGAAUCGCUUCAUCGCGGUCGCAAAUUUUCGAUAACGUCGGCAAUGGAGUACAGAAGCGAAGGCAUCGAUGUGAUUCUGGAGUUUCGGCAGGUGUUCGCGAAAAACGAGCACUUCCUUUAUCGACAUCGUGCAGCGGACAGUUUUCUGGUUGUCAUUCAGCACAUUUCGAAGCAAUUCUUCGAAGAAAAUUGGUGGUCGAUUCUCAUUUGUUUGGGCUAUUGUCCGAAGGAAUCGCCGGCGAACAUCCAAACAUGGAAGAUUUUCAUCGAACGCGUCGAUUAUGAGAUUCUUCGCAACUACUUAUGGCGCAUCAUCUCAAUGAUCGCCAAAAUUGAUGAGAAUGAGCAAUUGGUGCGAAUGGUGUGGAAACGAUUGACGUUCACCAAUAAGCUUGACGUUCUUUUAAGUGAUCCGACGAUCCAGAAGCUCCUCUGGAUCAUUCCGCAUUCAAUGGAAGUCGAGCUUCGCAAUGACGGCACGAAUGUGGCCAAGUAUCGGCGUAUCGACGAUCUCGUUGAAAUUGUCGCAAAUUUCGAGCGAUUCCCGCUGACGCUGUUCGGCGAGCACUUGCGGCUAAUGAUUGAGCAGAAGACGAUAUGGAAAGAGGAUUUGACGAGAAUUAUUGCCGGCCUUGUGGCCAACAUUGGCAAGGUGGGCGGUCGACGCGAAAACGCGGAAAUUUGCCGGAUUCUCGAACAAGUGCCGAUUUUCAACGCCGAACUCGUCGACGUUGGAUUUGUUCGUUGGGAUAUGAGCGCGCGAUUCUAUCAAACGCCGAAACAGAGGACCCAGGAAUUGCUUGACGAAUGCGUUCUGGAGAUUGAGAUGCUCGCCACGUUGGCGCGAGGUGGCGUCGAUUUGGAUUAUGCGGAUCGAACGAUGUGCGAAGUGCAUAAGUAUUUGGACAAUAAGGAUUGCAAGAACCAAACGCGAUUCUGUAUGAUCGAUGGCGCGAAGGCGGCGUUUGCUCGAAUGAACUGCCACAACAAACCGGAGCCGAAAUUGAUUUGUGGCGAGAAUCGCCCGAAUUCGUUUCACGCAUGGCUCACUUCAUUGAUUUUCAUGUGCAUUUCACCGAGCGAUUCGCAAUUUUUGCCAUUGAAAUACAUUGCUCACGUGCGCGACACCUCGAUUCUCACCAAAAUCGUCACAAAAUUGAUGUUGUUCAAUAUAAUUGAGGGCCGCGAAACGAUUGUCACCAAAAUUCUUGGCGAAUUUGAAUCGGUUCUUCAUGCCGCUCUUCGUCGACGAGUCACGAGAUUUGAGCGCGCGCCGGCCGCGUUUGUCUUCUACAUCUUCGAUUUUGUCUAUUUUUACAUGAAUCUCGAUUGGCUGCGAAGCGGGCGCGAUAAUAAUACGAGGCGGAGCCUUCAGAUGUUCUGGAAGCAUAUGAUUGAGACGACGAUGAAGGAUGAGCUUGGACAUGAUGCGCCGUUGAUUGUGAGGGUCGCUGAGAGGUUUGGAAUGGAGAAGAGGGGCAUUCUUUGGAUGGAGACUUGGAUGGAGUUGAAGGCGAAUAUGGCGCAAGGCGCGAUCGACAAGAGCUCAGAGCUCUCUUACUAUUUCACAUUGAUGAAACUCUAUGCUCGUGCUCAUGAGCUCACGGGUGUCCGAGGCGCCUACUCGAGACUAUCGCGAAUUCAAGUCGAUCACCUCUAUGCGAAAAUUCUCAUUAAAGAGGCGUUUGGCAAUGUUAAUGAGGCGUCGGCGUUUUACACGAUGGCUGACGGAUUGAAGCAUUUUGAGCCUACCGACAUAGUGAAUUCGGUUCUUGAAGAGAUCAACAAGCCGGUUCAACCGGAAUCCAAUGCAAUACGAUGGGCGAAGCACAUCGAUUUGUUCUUCUUCUCGGUGGUGUCGAGCUACGAAAAAGAGCAAUACGAGGAAUAUGAGAAGUGUCUGAAUCAUUUGAAGCUUUGGCUUCACGAGGAGACUGAUUGUGGCGAAUCGCCGCAGACGUUUGAACGCAACAUUGAGCAGCGCUCAUGGGAAGCGAAGGUUUUGCGAAUGCUCACCGCCGGCGGCGAUGAGCCGCUGGAGCCGAUAAUUCAGGAGAUUGGCUCAAAAGCGAUCGAGCGAAUCGAGGAGGCGUCGUUCGGCGGCAAUUGCUCGUAUGACUCGGCAAUUCCGCAUAUUGUCCAAUUACGAAUGCUCGAUGAGAUUACGCGUUUGAAUAGCGCCACCAACGACGAGCUGCUCAAUGUCGAUUCGGAAUUGUGGACGACACUCCGCCGACGGAUGAAUGAGAGCGAGCAGCGUUUGGAUGUGCUCGAGCCGGUGUUGAGAGCGCGACGAGCCGUGUUGAACGCCCGGCUGCGAACGAUUCCCGAGAGGGACCGCGACAAAAUCAAGUCGCGCAUUGUCGAGACGUACCUUCAUACCGCCCGUGUUGCUAGACUUCAUGAUUGCGGCGAGCGCGCGAUGAUUUCGAUUCUCAACGCGAAAAAGAUUGAUCCGUUUGACAAGAGGAUUGUGCUGGAAUUGGCGAAAUUGCGAUUGCAGACGGCCGAUGAGGAGACUGGAAUGCAGCUGCUUGAUAGCCUUCUCGCCACCACGUUCGGCGAGCUAUCGAAACACUUCAGCGACACCCAACAAUCAGCGAAUCUCGAUCUGAAAUCGACGGCGUUGACGCAAAUCGAGAAUUUUCCGCGAGAGGAGAAGAAUCUCUAUUCCGAGGUUCAAGUGUUGCGAAUCGCGCAGACGAUCAAAUCGGGCAACACGAUUGUGUUCGAGAAGAUCUACGAGGAGACGACGAAUCUGCUCAACUCGUUCGUCUCGUCGGGUGUGAUGUACGACGCCGCGUGGCUUCUGGAUUAUCUAUUUCAUUAUCACGAGAAGAAUAUUCCGGUGCUGAAAAUUUUGAAGCAUUAUCGCGAAGUCGCGAAAUAUGAGAGGAAUCCGGUGCUUCAGGCGCGCGCGAUUGAAAGAAUGGUGUCGUUGUGGUUGACGAAUACGCGAAAAUUGAUGAACACCGAAAUGGAGCAGAGUCUUAAAGACAUUGGCCUCAAGGGAUUCUAUCCGGCCUACGCGAUUCUAGCAAGGCAAAUUGAUCAUCCCGACAUGGAAGUGUUCUCAACGAUCAAGAGGCUCAUGAUCCAAUUGAUUAUUCGACUACCCCAUCAGUGUAUGUGGCAAUCGGUGUAUAUUUUAAGGUCUCAGGAUAGCAAAAAAAUUGAAAGAUAUAAGGAGGUUUUGAGCCAUUUGAGACGAAAACAUGCGUGCUAUUCCACAUUGAUUGAUCAAUAUGAUUAUGCGUCGGCGGCUUUUAAAGCUGUAGCCGACAAGGUGCGAAACAAAUCGGCGAUUCUGUCGGAGGCGGUGCCGUAUUUGAAGAAAUUGAUUCGAGAUCGAAAAUAUGAUCCAAGAAAUUUGGAAUUUGAGCGGCGAAACGAGGCGGAGAAGGAGCUGAUGUGCGGAAUAAUGGUGCCGAUUCGAGCCGAUAUUGAUGCGUCGGUUCAGAUUGCCGGCGAGGAUCUGAUGGAUAACGAUUAUACUAAAUGUUGUGAAAUUGCCGAGCGAUUCAUGAUUCAUGAUUAUAAGGAUAGUGUGAAGAUUUUGGCAUCUAACACGAAUCCGAUACUUAUUGAACUAACUACCCAAUCUGGUAGAAAAAUUCGACUUAUUUGUAAAAAAGAGGAUGAUUUAACAAAGGAUUAUCAUUUUGCGAAAAUUGUGGAGAUGUGUAAUGAUUUACUCACCAAAGAUGAGAAGACGAGAAUUCGAGGACUCAAUGCGACGACAUAUUCGGUCAUCCCGUUGGCGAAAACUGGAGGAAUUAUUGAGUUUAUGGAAGGCGUCACGCCGUAUUAUGAAGCGCUUGAGCCGCUCCUCGGGUUGGGAAUCGAGAAGAAGUUGAAAUGGAAAAACUCGAUGGCGUCGAUGACGCGCGAGAAGAAGGUCGAGUAUUUCCGCGAUGUUUGCUGUAAAGAGACACCGUUGGUGAUGGCGAAAUGGUUUAGAAAACAAUACCCGGAAGCUGGCAAAUGGUUUGUGAGCCGAAAAUUGUUCGCGAAAUCGGCGGCGGUCAUGUCGAUCAUCGGAUUCAUUUUCGGGUUGGGCGAUCGCCACAUUCGCAAUUUGCUCAUUCACGUGCCGACUGGCAAAUGUGUUCACGUCGAUUUCGACAUGAUCUUCAAUAUGGGCGAUUUUCUCGAAGUUCCCGAGGUGGUCCCGUUUCGCCUCACAAGGAACAUGAUCAACGGGAUGGGCGAAGUCGCGCUGGAUGGAGAGUUUCGGUACACGUGCGAGCAGACGCUUCGCGUCUUCAUGGCGAACACCUAUGAGAUUGAGAAGUAUAUUGCUGAUUUGCCGGAUCUUGUUGGAGGUGAUCGAUUGACAUCGGCGAUUCAGAGAAUCCAGCAAAGCGGGUCUCGAAGCUUCACGUAUGAUAUGAAGGAGGCGAAGCGGAUGGUGUCGGCGCGACUGCGCGGCAACAUCAUCACCGCGAAAAUCUACAAAGGCAACUCGAUUUCGCAUCCGAUGAAGAACGUCCAACUCGCGGCGUCGUUAAUCGAAUUGGCGACGAGCGAUGAGAAGCUCGCCGAGAUGUUUCAUGGCUGGAUGCCGUUUGUGUGA